GACUGGCUUGGGCUCGGCUGGCUCUGGCGGGUGGGGACGCGGUGCGCGUUGCCCAUCGGCCGCACUGGCCCCCUAGUACGCCGCGAGGGGCGUGUACCCAAGCCGCGCACUGGCGGGCUCCAUGUUCACCGAGCUAAGGUCAAAGCUGAGCCCCCCGCGAGCUCGCGCCGGGGCUGUGCGUACCGGCUUCGGGGAGCGCCCGGAUGUGGACGCCACUGCCCAUUUCAGCUUCUGCCAGACCCUCCUAGAGCACACAGUGUCAGCUGAGAACAUACCCUGCCACCUGCCUCGGACACCAGGCACCAGCCUCACCUGGCAUGACUCCCGUAGCCAGAGGGCAUCCAGCAGCAGGCCAGUCAAGCUCCUUCAGCAGCCAGGCUCAGAGACCCCCCAGGCUCGGCUAUACUCUGAUCACUAUGGCUUGUACCACACAAGCCCUUCACUGGGGGGCCUGACAAGGCCCGUGGUCUUGUGGAGCCAGCAGGACGUUUGCAAGUGGCUCAAGAAGCAUUGUCCUCACAACUACCUCGUCUAUGUCGAGGCCUUCUCCCAGCAUGCCAUCACUGGCCGAGCCCUGCUUCGACUGAAUGCAGAUAAGCUGCAGAGAAUGGGGUUGACCCAAGAGGCCCAGAGGCAGGAGGUGCUGCAGCAGGUGCUCCACCUGCAGGUGCGCGAGGAGGGGCGGAGCCUGCAGCUGCUCAGCCAAGCUUCCUUCGGAAACAUGUCCUAGCUGCUGCCUAGACUUGGACCCCAGACCCCAACACUGUGACCAGAGCCCACAGCCAAGGAUGAGGCAGAGCUGACCCUACAGCCCCUUUGGAUCCUAGUGGCUAAACCUAGCCCAGUGAACAGGGAGGGGCAGGACUGCCACCUCCAGGUUCCUCUGGAGAGGCACUAUAGGUUCUGCCCUGUGGCUGGGUGGGAGGUUGCUGCCUGCCUGAAGACCCUUCUUCUGGGAUCUAAGCCCAGGUCCACCCCCUGGUGCUGCUGGCAGCGAACAGGGCAGCUGCCUGGAGUGAGAGUGGGGUUUGAAUGUCCCCAGACUCCCAGGGAGUCUGUUUAUUUAUGCUCCCUCCAACAUGUGACCAUCCCCCAUCUUCUGAGUCAUGAGUCCCCCCUUAAGUCUUUUAAUUCUGUUUUCCCCAGGCACCUCCAGGUCAGCUACACAUCGGGACAAGCUUGCUUGGCUCUCUUUCUGGUGUAUCCCUUCCCUAACCCUCUCAGAGUACAGCAGGUUCAACCUGUUGUCCACAGUGAUGGUCAUCAGCCCAGCUAGGUAUCAUGCCACGUGCUUCACUCAGUGAUGUUGA